UCGAGGUUUUGCGGGAAAUGUCUUGAGAUUUCUGUUGAUUUUGACGUCAUUUCGAAUCAGAAGAUUUACCGUGUUAUAACAUAGCAUGAUGGAAUCAAGAACUGGUUGAUCUGAUGGUGUCUCGGAUAAGCCCAAGGGGCGCUGCCGGUAUUAAAUUUGUCGGAAACACUCGCUGACUUGACACCAACGAAGAAGUAAAAGUAAACUGCAACAUGGCGACUCCCAUGCAUAGAAUAAUAGCCAGGAGGCAAGCGGAGGCGAACAAACAACAUGUGCGCUGCCAGAAGUGUUUGGAGAUGGGACACUGGACGUAUGAGUGCACAGGGAAGCGGAAAUAUGUGCACAGACCAUCAAGAACAGUUGAGAUGAAAAAGAAGCUCAAGGAGAAUGAAAACAAACCCCUCAGCAUCACUGGACCAGGAAGAGAAGGAUCCAGUGAGAAGAAAAUAAAAAAGAAGGCAAAAGACACGAGCGACAGCAGCAGUGAUUCAGGCGGCUCCUCCAAUGACUCAUCUUCAGACAGCAGCGACUCCUCCAGCUCCUCUUCAGAUGACAGCGACAGCAGCAGUGACAGCGACGAUGACAGCUCUUCCUCAUCUUCCUCUUCCUCCUCCUCCUCUUCAUCCUCAGACAGCUCAGACUCAGGAAGCAGCAGCGAUUCAGAUCAAGGACCUCCAAAGAAGAAGAAAAAGAAGAAAUAAGUAUUUUGGAAGAAGUGGAGUUUCUUGCUGUUAUUUGUUUCCCAAAGUUUUUUUUUUUUAAAAAACCCAUCACAGCUGUUUGGAUCCGAAUGGUUUGGACAGUUGCACAGCUUUGUUAAUACCGGAUGAGAGGAGAACAAGGGACCGUUUUGAGUUGGCCAGCGUGACAUAUGUUCUGUUUUCAAAACAUUCCCCCUCUUACUUCUACUAGCGCUAUAUUUUCUCAAGUUUGUAGGUCUACUAAGAAUAUAAAGUUUAAAUAUCCGAGGAAACAGAUUUGAUUAUUGAUGCUAAAUCUUGGGAUUUUGUACUUGAAUAUAUUUUUAGUCAAACUUAAUCUGUACAGCUCACAACCUUUAUAGAGCAACGCCAUAUCUGGAGUAGAAAAUGUAUAAAACAUAAUGUGACCUUUUAAAGGAUACUGAAUACAAGUUAUGUUUUGUUAAAUCUAAAAUUAGUUUAAAGUUAGAAAGUCUUGUUGCUAAGAAUACAUUUGCUUGUUUCCCUGUGAAAUAAACUUGGCUUGUUUUUA